AUGAACUCCUACUAUUCCAAUUCUCUACCACCGCCACCACCAAACUACUAUCCUCCGAGCUAUAACCACUCUCAAUCUCCCGGUCCCCCGUCAAAUUACAACUACAACUAUCCACCUCCACUUCCACACCGACCUCAAAACCCCUACUACAACAGCAACCACAACUACAACAACAACAACAUGCACUACCCACCACCAUCACCACAACCAUACCAACCCCAAACCAUACCCCCCUCAACCUUAACCAUCUCCUCCUCACCACACGACUCCUCCCUAACCAUCCUCACCCCAGACUCCAACCAUUCCCAACCCCAAUACACAGCAAAGAUCAACACCAGCAGCAAGCCCCAAAUUACCCUCUUCCGGGGCUCGUCCUCCCAGCAAUAUCAGCACCACCAACAACCCCCCCUCGGCACAGCAAUCAUGCACACCUUCUCCUCAACAACCGACUGCACCCUCAUCUCCCCACAAUCCUCCUUCCCAGUGAAAUACUCCUCCAUGUCCGGAAACUUCACCCUCACCCACCCCGUUCUCGGAACCUGCAAAUGGAAAGCCAACCAACUCACCGGCACAAGCCUCGAACUAGUCGACGGGUCCGGAUCCGGUCGAAAGCUCGCUAAGAUAAAAGUGACAAGUGGGAUGUCCGCGUUAAAUCCCAAGAAACGGAAAGAGAAAGGCAAGAGAUUGGAGAUCUUAGUGCCUUUGCCGGAGCCGAUAAUGGAUGUUGUGGUGUUGUCUGGAUUGGUGGCUAUGGUGGGGACGAGGGGGAUGAUGGAGGCUGGGGCGGAGGUUUUUAGUGCAUUGGCGGGGGUUUAA